CCGCAACCUACUUCCUUGGAAGACGAACGCAACCAGCUAACAGACCAAUCAUGAAGUGCAUGGUAGCUGCAGUCAUCUUGGCUCUGGCCGUCGUCUCGGAAGCUGGAGUUGUUCCUGCCUGGCCCUACGGAGUGGCCCACUGGGGAGCCCCAACAGUGAUCCAGUCCAACGUGCUGGCCCAUCCAUACGGAGCGCUGUCUCACGCGGCUGUCCAUGCUGUCCAUGCUGCCUACCCAGCUGUUCACGCCGCGCACUGGCCAGCUGCCGUUCCAGCUUACCACGCAGCUGCCCCGUACCACGUCGCCCCACAUGCCCCAGCUGGCUCGGUUGCCCACCACGCUGGAGUCGUCCCAGGAGCCGUCUCGGUCACCGCCAACCGUGGCUCCGUUCAUGUAGCCCCACUCGCCGGACAUGCCGUUUCGCAGCAGCAGCUGAAUCUGGCUCCUGCUCCUGGAACCAUCUAAAUUGGAGAACACCGGAAUCGGGAACGCCUGACCCAUGCUAGUCACCGGAACUGAGAAGGAUUCCUGUUUGAUGAUUCUCCAUGAUCUACUUUCUCUACACUGUCUAUCACUCUGUUGUUCAAAAGUGCACUC